UCAUCCGAAAUUUCCUGGCCCGACUCAUUUAAAGCAUUUAUUUCAACCGGCGCACCGCAUCCAAUUUGGCAAUUUCAUCACAAAUUGCAUUUUACCCGACUCUCUCUCUAAAAAAAGGAAGAAAAGAAAAGAAGGAAAGUUGGCUUUGGUCACAUCUAAACUCCGUCCAUCGUAUCCAAGAAUCAUCGAACUACCUAGCAAGAUUUGGUGAUUUGAUUCAUUCAUCCCCUCCUUCUAUACCACGAAGCACAACAGCAUACAAUCAUCUCACAACCCCCACCCCAGAUAACCACCAUUCAAGAUGGGUUGUGGAGUCAGCAAAGUCGAUAAGGAAGGGCAAUUACGCAAUGAUGAGAUCGAGGCACAAUUGAAAAAGGAUCGUCUAGCACAAAGAAAUGAGAUCAAAAUGCUACUAUUGGGAGCGGGAGAAUCAGGAAAGUCAACGAUUCUAAAACAGAUGAAGUUAAUCAAUUUAGGAUCGUAUACGGCAGAAGAACGUGAAUCUUACAAGGAAAUCAUCUUUUCGAAUACGUUGCAAUCCAUGCGUGUGAUCUUGGAUGCUAUGGAACAAUUGGAUAUCCCAUUGGCAGAUGGAGGUAAUGCAAGAAGAGCAGAAUUGAUUCUUAACCUACCUUCACAGUUGGACACGGAUGAUCUACCGAUGCACGUUGCUGAUGCUGUUAAAGGAUUAUGGCAUGACGCUGGUGUACAAGAAUGUUUCGGUAGAAGUAGGGAGUAUCAAUUGAACGAUUCAGCCCAAUACUACUUUGAUGCGAUCGAGCGUAUGGCGCAGCCCAACUAUUUGCCAAGUGAUCAAGAUGUUCUACGAUCCCGUGUUAAAUCCACAGGUAUCACAGAGACACACUUCCAGAUCGGUGAAUUGAAGUACAAGGUGUUCGACGUUGGAGGUCAGAGAUCGGAACGUAAGAAGUGGAUUCAUUGUUUCGAGAAUGUGACGGCGAUCAUCUUCUUGGUUGCAAUUUCGGAAUACGAUCAAACAUUGUACGAAGAUGAGAACGUGAACAGAAUGCAAGAGGCUUUGACAUUGUUUGACAGUAUUUGCAACUCAAGAUGGUUCACAAGAACGGCAAUCAUUCUAUUCUUGAACAAGAUUGAUUUGUUCAAGCAGAAGUUGCCUUACAGUCCUAUGAUCAACUACUUCCCUGAUUAUACGGGUGGAUCAGAUUAUAAUGCAGCAUGCGAUUAUAUUGUGAACCGAUUCGUUGGAUUGAACAGAAGUGAUUCAAAGACUAUUUAUUCCCACUUCACCUGUGCAACAGACACCAACCAAAUCAAGUUUGUCAUUUCUGCCGUUAAUGAUGUGAUCAUUCAAGUGAACCUCAAAUCGUGCGGUCUUCUGUAAAUGAGAUGCAAUCGCGAUACGAAACGGAAAGUCAGCUUUAUAUCCAAUCCAUCAAAGCAGCACAUUCUUCUUUCAUUUGCACACACACACGUUGCAAAUCAAUCAAUAGCAAGAUCAUUCCUCAGAGCACAACCUGUAAGAAAAAAAAAAGAAAGAGGAUGUGUUCUCUUCAUCAUCAUCAAUGCUUAGUCUCUAUUUACGAUUCUAUUGCUUCUUUGUCACCUACUGUUUAUACUUUUUUAAUCUUUUACCUUCUUUUGAUUUUUGAUUUUAUCAUACUUGUUUUAAUAUAAUCUCAUUUAGACAAAA